CACACAGAGCAGUGAAGGCUAUGGUGGGUGAGGACGCACACGGACCUCCAGCGAGCUCGUCCCCACUGUGAUCGACCUGCGGCGGCGUAUCGCGUCCUGAGAAGAUGUCUGUGAACGAGGUGUGCGUGUUCCGGCCCUUCAAGCUCAUCGCCCUGCUGUGCGUCUUCCUGGCGCUCUGUCUGGACGUGGUGGCUCUGCUGAGCCCGGCCUGGGUCACCGCGGACCAUUUCUCCCUGUCUCUGUGGGAGUCCUGCUCCCAGUCCGAGGCACGGGAUCCGGCAGAGGAGGAGGAGGCUCCGUGGAGCUGCUUCUCCACCCUCACAUCUGACUGGCAGAUUGCCACCCUGGUGCUUCUGGUGACCGGUGCCGUGGCAACUCUUUUGGCCUUUCUGGUGGCCCUGAUUUCCCUCUGCAGGGGGACCCAGAGGCGCCACUACCGCACCGUGGCUGUGUUGCUCUUCACUGCAGUGGUCCUGCAGGCCUGCGCUCUGGUCCUCUACCCGAUCAAGUUCAUCGAUGGGACGGUUCUUCAGAGCUAUCACGAGUUCAACUGGGGCUACGGGCUCGGCUGGGGAGCCACGAUCUUCAUGUUGGGCGGAGGGAUCCUCUUCUGCCUGCGAACGGACGUGUACGAGGACACAAUGUACUGAGUCCUUUAUCAAAACACCUCCAAUGGAAACACAUAGAUAAACAUUCACAGACAUACACACAGAGUUACUAUACAGGAGGUGUGCUACUUUUCUUCACUCUGCACACAGCGUAUGUGCAUGCGAGCACAGACCCCCGCCUCUCUCUUUUCUCCUGCUCUCUCUGUUAUUUUUAGACAGGUUGUGAAGGUCCAAUUUAGGCCAGGGCUUUAUGAAUAGGACGCCAAGAACCGCCUCCUCCCUCAGCCCUGCCGGUAUCAGGGAUGAGGCGGCAGAGCUAAAGCACAGAGAGCUUUCUGGACAGGCGUGAGCCACAGAUGCUGGACGUUUCCACUGCACAUUUGACCUGGAUCUCUAUUGUUAGAGAAGCGGGACCGUAGAUUCUGGUCACAGACCUGAAUGUGCAGGGACUGAACAUUUAAAGGGACUGACUUUUUUUUAAAUUCUGUUUUGUAGCAUUUCACGAAGACAAGCUUGUUGUUGAUGUAUUUAUGGCAUACACUUUUUGAAUAUUGAAAAAACAUGAACUUCCCCCUCGGUGAGUUCUAGCUGAAACAUAUGUAGUAAUGCUAGGCCCUCUGAUAUUAGAAAUUGUAAAUUAGACCGCUUCAAUUUAUGCUGGAGCUCUCAAGUGUUUAUAGUUUGUUUGCAAACUCACACUAUUUUAUCUCAAAUUAAAAAUGUAAAUGUGUACAGUGUAUUUCUACAUGAAGGAAAAUCCAGAAUAAACAAUUGUAGU